AUGCAUCUCAUUCUCACGGGGGCCACCGGCCUCGUCGGAUCCAGCGUCCUCGACGCGAUGCUCAAGUCCAAGGACGUCACCAAGAUCUCAAUCCUCAGCCGAAGACCGGUGCCCAUGGUGGGAAACAAUCCGAAGGCCAACGUGAUCAUCCACAAAGACUUUGAAACCUUUGACCCCAGCGUCCUUGCCAAGGUCGACGAUGCCGACGGUGUGGUCUGGGCGCUGGGCAUCAGCCAGACAAAAGUCACCAAAGAAGAAUACGUCAAAAUCACAAACGACUAUCCUCUCGCGGCCGCAGCGGCCUUUUCAAAAAUACCGUCCACCGACGACAAGCCGUUCCGCUUCGUGUACGUCUCGAGCGGCGGCGCAACUGCGACUCCGGGCCUCUUCACACCGUACUACGGCGUGGUGAAAGGCGAGGCAGAGGUGGCGCUGGCCAAGCUGCGGACGUCGAAAUUCAACGUCGAGUCUAUCCAGGUUUUACUUACCAUGCGAUGA